UCAUCGCUCACCUGCAGGAUGAAUAUGAUAUUCGAAGUCGAAUUAUUCUGUCCGGGUUCCUCGUUGCGGAUACGGUCAACUUCGAAUGGGCGGUGACUUUUCUUCGCAUACUAAAAUGUCGAAGCUUCAAAAUUUAGCGAGAGAAGCUCUUGGUGCCUGAAACAAGUGCUUCAAUCUCCUGAUUAUUUUACUAUUUCGGCACCAGCAGGUGUACGGACAUGACCAGGCAGUGGGUCCGCAGACUUCAGCAGUGACAUGCUCAAGACGACCGGUGCCGAUUCUGACAAAUUUCAACUGACACAGCAGCCUACCUCAGUUGUCAAGAAUGAAGAUGUUCUGAAAGAGCGAUAGAGUGGCAAGUAUAAGUAACUCGAUGCUCGUGAUUGUCCAACACUCAUCUCCUCAAAGCUCGGACUAGAGAUCCUGGAGACAUAUUCAAGUCUUUCAGGAACCUAGUCGAACGAAGCCAGAGACGGAGGGAAAGUAUUGAUCAUAUCUCGCCCCCAGGUCAAACUUCACGGGGCGGUGGUGGACUCUGGAGUCGCUGGACAGGACUAGAGGAGAAGAGCAAGGUGAUUUGACACAGCUCCAACCAUGGAUCUUAGCACUGUGAGUAGAUUACAGAGUUCAUUAGCUGCUUCCACUGGACCGAUCGCAUCGUCCUGCACUCAAGCUCUAGCGGCUGGCAGACCGUCAACCGUCAAAACCCAGAAAUUGGGUCUGAAGUUUUCCUCUCUGAGCGGGAAGUCAAUUAAGGACGCUGCGGGUGUUAGCAGCAGACGGGUGAAGUGCAGUGCUGAAGGAAGCAAGACUGGCUUCAAGGUUCGAGCGGAACAAAUCAACGUCAGCACUAAUGCUAUCUCCACUCUCCAGAGAACUGUGCCGGUUGUCGAUCAAGAAAUCGUCACGCUGAAAGGCAAAGUCAUCCUCAAACGUUCCAAGACCAAUAGCGAACCAACAACUCCCUUCGCUGAUUUUCAGAAGCUUGUUUGGUUCACUCUCGUCAGUACGGAGCUUGAUGAGCAGGCGAACUUGAAGAAGAGUGCCAGGACUCAGAUGCAAGUCGACGGCUCUCACUGCGUGGGUGGGAUCGAAGUCUGCGAAAUUGCUUUCAGCGUAGAAUGCGAUUUCGGCGAACCUGGCGCACUGAUUGUGGAAAGCCGUAGCGGGGAGGAGUUCUUCCUUCAGAGCGCGGAGCUGAGCUCUGCAGAUUCAUCUGAGCUUUAUCAGUUUCCCUGUAAUUCCUGGAUAAAUCAGAAGAGCGAAGAAAACUACAAACUAGUCGCAACCAAAGACCAGUUCAGAUCCCACUUCCUCAAUGAGGUCAUCCAUCGCAUUUUCUUCACCAACAAGGUUUAUCUUCCCAAAGACACCCCUUCAGGACUCCAGAAGCUGAGAAGUUUCGAGAUGGCGACUCUGCGCGGGAAUGGUACCGGAGAGAGGAAGCACCACGAUCGUAUUUAUGAGUACGAUGUCUACAACGACUUGGGUGACGCAGAAGCCAACAUCCUCCGCCCAACUCUGGGUGGUCCUGGCAACAUUCCCUACCCUCGACGCUGCCGGACGGGCCGAAAGGUCGAUGAAAAGACGGGUAUGGAGGUGCGCCCAGCGAGAAUCCCAGGAACGAACUUCAGACAGAGCGUGUACGUUCCCCGUGACGAAGAUUUCAGCAUUGACAAGACACAAGGCUUUCAAGGGGACAGUCUCAAGGGACUCCAAUCAACGCUGGUGCCCAUGUUACGGGCCAAAUUCGACGAAACUCCCGAUGACUUCGACAAUGUGCACCAACUCUACAGCCUCUACAGAAGCGGACUGAAUCUAUUACCAGAGAAUCCACAACUUCAACCAAGUCAGAAAGAGAGGGAAGACGUUCGAAAAUUCCUUGAGGACUACGUUCAGGAAAAUUCGGGUCAGCGGGUCCAGUUGGAGGAGAUCAAGUACCAGCCUCCACAGAUCGUCGAUGAACCCCAGGACCAUAUGACAUGGAUGAAUGACGAAGAAUUUGGACGACAAACUCUCGCCGGUAUCAAUCCGGUGGUUAUCAAGAGAGCCACGGUCUUUCCACCUACAAGCGCCCUUUCCGAGGAAGAGUAUGGCCCAGCCACUGCUCUGACAGCACAGCACAUUGAACAAUAUCUCUUCAGCAACGGCAAGAGGAUGACUGCAGCAGAGGCUGUUGCCACGAAGAGGCUCUUCACUAUUGACUACCAUGAUAUUUACAUGCCGUACAUCAACAAGAUCAACUCCCAGAAAGUUCUCACGAAGGAUGGUGAAGAACCCAGAAAGUGCUUCAUAUACGCCCCACGUGCUUUCUUCUUCCUCACGGAUGACAAAAAGAUGAAGCCGGUGGCUAUUGAGCUCUCGCUGCCUCCACCUUACAACGGUGAAAAUCAGAGCCACAAGAGGGUUUUUACCCCACCGAGGUUCGAGCACGAGCACGACUCUGAGUGGGAAUUGGCAAAACUCCACUUCAAUUCCGUGGAUUUCGGCUACCACGAGCUCAUCUCUCACUGGAUGAAAUGCCAUUGUGUGAUGGAGCCAUUCGUCAUAGCUAGUCACAGACAACUGAGCGCAAUGCACCCGAUCUUUGUGCUCCUCGAUCCAUGCUUCGUGAACACCAUGCGCAUAAACGCCAAUGCACGUGGAUCUUUGAUUGCUUGUGCGCCCGAGGGAACCAUAGAAUCUUACUUUACUCCAGGAAAAUACGGCAAUGAGAUGAGCGCUGUGGUUUAUGACAAGCUUUGGCGAUUCGACAGGGCUGGACUGCCACAUGACCUGCUUGACAGGGGAAUGGCAGAGCAUGAUUACUCAGCACCUGGAGGAGUCAAGCUCCUGUUCGAGGACUACCCAUUCGCCAAGGAUGCGUUGGAUGUGUGGAACGCCACCAAGGAGUACAUCACGGAUUACGUGAAAAUAUUCUAUUCUUCAGACGAGAAAGUGAGGGAGGAUGAGGAGCUGCAGGCAUGGUGGAAGGAGAUUAGGGAGGUAGGACACGGGGACAAGAAGGACGAACCGUGGUGGCCAACUUGCAAGACAGUCGGAAGCCUCAUCGAGAUUCUGUGCAACAUUUUGUGGAUCGCGGGACCUCAACAUGCCGCCGUCAACUUCGGCCAAUACGGAUACUGCGGUUUCAUGCUGAACCGGCCCCCGAUGACCCGAAGGCCGAUUCCGGAGCCCAACACAGCAGAGUACAAGCGAAUGUGCUACGAUUUCGAGGCUUACAUGUUCAGAGUGGUGUCCUCGCCAAUGCAAACUCUCAUGAUCAUGACCACGCUCAACGUCCUCUCGACCCACGCCAAGGACGAGGAGUACAUCGGCCAGCGCUUGGAGCAUAAAAGCAACUGGACCUCGAAUCCAAAAGUUCUGGAAGUGUUCCAGAAAUAUGCUCAGAAGGUCGAACGCUUGGAGCACAUGUUCCAUCAGAGAAACCAUCAAAGGAAGGACUUAAAGAAUAGGCGCGGCGCCCUGGAAAAGUCUGGAUACACACUCAUGUACCCCACAUCUGAACCCGGAGUGACUGGUAGAGGUAUCCCAUGGAGUAUUUCUAUCUAGACAGGCUUACAGGCUCACAGGCUUCAAUAGGAAGCGACGCCCUCUGUACAUAAAUAGCUUACUCGACUGCUACUAAUCAAGCAGCACGGACUUUCAUUGCUUGUCUCUCGGAAAGCAGCUGUACAGCUGUACUAUAAUCGCAUUUCGAGCUAAAAGCUCUGAUAUAAACCAGCAAGAAAUAUUGGCCUCAUCUCGAGCAGGUGUAAUGCAUAGGAUCUCUUCGCAGCACACGUGCUUCCGUCCACCCCUUUCCUCAGAUGUACCGAUCCCUUGCAUGAUGAUUCUGGAAGAUACGGAGUGAUCUUCAUCUGAUAGUAAAAUGCAUCUCUGGU